AUGCCGCGUUUCACAGGAUUCGUGUGUUUGUCUCCUUCCCAGCACCAGCGCUUCCCUCCGGGCAAGCUGUGGACAGAGGGGGUUAAAAGUGUUGUGGACAGCAGGGCACGUCCGGCGCUCCGGGCUCGUUUUACUCGUUCAGCAGUCUUUGUUUUUGAUGUGGGAAAGAAAAGCUGGAAAUCCUAUGAUUGGUCAAAAAUUACAACCGUGGCAGCCUUCGGAAGAUACGAUUCUGAGCUCAUGUGCUACGCUCAUUCUAAAGGCGCCAGGAUAGUACUGAAAGGUGAUGUAUCUCUCAAGGAAAUUGUUGAUCCUGCUAAAAGAGCAGCCUGGAUAUCCGAGCAGGUGGAUCUUGCGAAAAAACAGUACAUGGAUGGAAUUAAUAUAGACAUAGAGCAGGAAGUUAACGAAACCUCCCCUGAGUAUUAUGCAUUAACAGAGCUUGUUAGAGAAACUACAGAUGCUUUUCACAGGGAAAUUCCAGGAUCCCAGGUAACAUUUGAUGUGGCUUGGUCUCCAGCAUGCAUAGAUAAAAGGUGCUACAACUACACUGGGAUUGCAGAUGCCUGUGAUUUCUUAUUUGUGAUGUCGUAUGAUGAACAGAGCCAGAUCUGGACAGAAUGUGUUGCGAAAGCCAAUGCUCCUUACUUUCGGACUUUAGUUGGAUAUGAAGAGUACAUUACUAUGGGCAUUGAUCCUAAGAAGCUUGUGAUGGGUGUUCCCUGGUAUGGCUAUGAUUAUGUCUGCCUGGGCUUAUCUAAGGAUCAUGUUUGUUCCCUUUCCAAAGUACCUUUCCGAGGGGCUCCAUGCAGUGAUGCUGCAGGGCGUCAGGUCCCAUAUGGAACAAUAAUGAAGAAAGUGAAUAGUUCUAUUUCAGGGAUCCUGUGGGAUGAGGUGCAGAGAUCUCCGUUUUAUGAAUAUAAGGACUCUCUUGGUCGCUUCCACCAGGUAUGGUAUGAUGACCCUCGCAGCAUCUUUUUAAAAGCAGCAUAUGCAAAGAAUCGAGGUUUAAGGGGCAUUGGCAUGUGGAAUGGAAAUAGUCUUGACUACUCCAGGGAAUCUGUAGCAGAACAACAGACCGAAGCAAUGUGGAAAGCCUUGACACCAUAAGAACUAUAUGAAAUUGUGAACCACUUGAUCUAGAAUGAUGAAAAUUGGUUAUUUUGAUGAUGGCCUUUGAUAUCAUAGAUUCUGACUUUCUAUUAAUAUACCAUAACUGCAAUCAAAGCUUUGAGAACUAGUCAAAAGUCAUCUUGUUAAUUUUGUAUGCAAAGCAGUAUUUUUGUACUUCAGAAAGUUUCAGUAUUGCUUUAUCAUUGCUUUUUUAAAGACUGCUUAUCUAUCAUCUUUCUCAUUUUUCACAACUGCCUUAAGUUCGGUCAGAGCCUGAACCCAGUGUGUAUGCAGUAAUAAGUAGGACCAGGUUGAAUUUACAGGGGCAAGCUAAUAAUGGGGAAGAUCUUCCCCAACACUGCCUGGUGCUGGAGGUAUUCAUUCUGAGGUCACAGGAUGCAGCACGAGCUGCAUCAUCUGCUUUCUGACAUCCCACCCCGGUCUACGUUUUAGCAAAAUCAGCCUGGAAUAAGAUUAGGUACAGAGCAUUGGAGAAACAAAUGGCUGCUUACAUGCAGCUUGGUGAAACUUGUACUUGAACUUGAUUUCUGCUCUAGAAAUUAAAAUAUUUUUAUAGCGUGAUUAUGUAACACUAAGUGGGUCCCAUUAAGCUUUUUAAUCAGACUCUUUGUUAGAGAAGAAUAUGCAAUAAAGUUCUGUUUCACGGUAUUUAUGCAUCAUAUGUGAAUUUUUCAGUUUCAAAUUCCAAAAAUCUAGGAAUUUAUCUUGAAAAAGAGCACUUGGAUGGCAUUCUUUCCAUUUUAAACUUACUGAAAACUAGAAGGCAGGAGCCUAAGUAACGAACUGUGUAUAUAUUUUCCCACACUUUAAUUUUCACUCAGUAGCCUUCUUUUGUUAUCUAAUAUUGCUUCGAAGAUAACAGGGCAUUAUAUUUUCAUUGUAGAUAAUAUUUUUCAUAAGGUAAUUGUAUAACUUAUCAAAAUAUCUCUAGUUACAGAGAGAUUGACUGGUGUGUAUAUGAUGUUUUUUGUUAAAUAAAAUGCCCUCUUCACUAAAGUUCAUGAAUAGUAUCCUCAGUUUAGGCUUUACUUGCUCCACAGUUUACAGCCCACACUUUUUCAAAACUGUUUCACAACCAGCUUAAACGGCAACUAUGCCCUGCUUAAGUGACUCUGUUACUUAAACAAUUAAAUUAGAUAUGUGUAGUCAGUUG